AAGUGUACGAAUACACACGCGUGCUAAAUUCAGUGAAGUGUUUUGGAGAUUUAGUUAUUAGGACAAUAUGUCGAACGACCACAGUCCAGUAUAUAACAGGUCCAGGUCCAAGAUUAAACAUUGUUGCUGUUGUAUUAGUCCCAGGAUUGAAGUUAUAGUUUGGGCUUCUCUCAGUUUGAGUUGUAACGCAUUUCUGAUAAUGUUCAUGUAUUUGGGAACAAUGCUUAUAGACGCAUUGUCAGGAGCAAGCCGCGUCGAGGUGUCUAAGGAUAUUCAAAUGUUCAUAUUCUCAUUGGCUUUACUAGUGGAUAUCGUGUACAACAUUCUUGUUAUAGUGGCUUCUCAUGGAAAAAAAGUGAAGCUGCUCAAGAUUUCUAUGUACCUCGGAGUCGCUAUGUGUAUCGUCUUGUGUGCAGUGACGGCGAUUGCGUACCAACCAUCACCUCAUUUGUUUCAUGAGCUAAAACAUUUUUUGACAUUUUUCGUCGUAUUAACAAUAAUUGUUCGAGGGUACAUGCUCCUGUUAAUCCGCGGCGUAAGGUUGCAGCUAAAACAAGAACAUAGCCAACACCAUGGAUACAUCGGCUUGGACAAGACCAUGGAAACGAGGACGGACCACGAACCACCAAUAUAACGUAUCUGGAUCAAUCAACUAUUUAAACAACUUUUGACCGUUUAAUAGGGUGGUCCAACAGUCCAACUUUGUGUAAAACAUUGGAAUAAAUUCGCAAUUCCGAAAUCGUGGACAACCCAAUAUAACGUAAUUAUAUAAGAGACUCGCACCUGCAGACAAACUGUGUAAACAGUUUUGCAGGGAACUGAAUUAGAUCGUAAGGUUAUUUUUUGUAUUAAUAAUAGUAAUAAAAAAAAAAAAAAAAAAAAAACGUAUCUGGAUGAAUCAACUGUUUAAACAACUUUUGACCGUUUAAUGGGGUGGUCCAACAGUCCAACUUUGUAUAAAACUUUGGAAUAAAUUAAAAAUACGGAAUCUCGGACAAAUUUUCCGUUACCUAUAAUUCCGGAAUUGAGACCACUGAAUAAGUAUAUUGGAUUUUAGUACUUUUAUUCGAUUUUA